AUGCUCUGUUUCUUAUGUUUACAGGUCCUCAAGAAGAUCUACGGUGGUGGUCAGGGCACCAUGCAGUACGUCACCAGCGUACUGAAUGAAUGGGGACAGUUUCUGACAACAGUAGUGGUGGCAGCCGAGUCUGAGGGAUGUUACCAGCGUAUGGCCAGAGGACUGAUUGCCCGGUUUGAGUGUGCCAAUGCCCCUGCUCCCAAGGUCAUCUAUGCAGACAACAACUGUUGCCGGUAACCACCAUAAUAACCAUUCCAUUAGGACCCUAAUAAUUUUAUCAUUUAAUUUAAAUAUGAGUCAGUUAACAUUGAAUAAAAUUUACAUUGACAUUGCAUAUUUUAUUUAAAACACACAACUCCUAACACACUGAUAUUAUUUCAGUGACAGUGGUUCAUCCUUCCUGGAGAAUCUGUUCAGUGAGUGGGUGCAGAGAGGCACUGUGGUCAGACUGGACAUCCGACACUGGCUGCAUCGCUGGGAUGCUGUUGUUAUCAAGCAGAGCCAUGCCAAGUAUGGAGCGUUCAUGAGUGCCCUGGCAGGUGCUGUGCUCGCCUACAACAAGGGAGAUAUGAUGCUCUUAGUCCAGGCAGUCAGGAGUGGCAACCAGGAGCUCUACGCCAAGUACUCGGACGAGGAGAUGAUUGGCUUCCUCAAGCCUCAUCAGAUCCGGGCUUAUGUCAGGCGCAUCACUCGAGGGGUUGACGUCAGUGUUAAAAUAACCCUAUUAUGCAUUUCCUUGUUGUUUGAAAAUUUAAUUUAAGUUCACUAACCAUAUUUCACUGAAAAUGGGAUAUGCUUGUUACAGGAGACAGCUUCAGUGACCGAGUCCAUCAUUGCUGAGUUCAAGGGACCAGCAGGGCUUGACAUUGAUGGAAUCCACCUCUUCAAGUCAUCAGAGGCAGUUGAUGCUCACUGGGCCACAGCAAGCAAGCAUCUUGGUUGCAUGCAGGUUCGUUAACUGACAGCGGAACAGUAAUAAUAUAAUGAUAAUAAUAAUUAUAAUACCUAUCAAUGCAGGGCUUAGUACCUUUUAACCUCAAGCCUUAAAAAAAAAAUCUUCUACCGUUUUUGAGCCAUAUAGCUUUUUAAAAUGGUAAUGACAUCCGUCCAACCCGAUUCACAAGAUGAAGCUACACAGAGUAUAGGAGUAAAUGUUUAAAUAGCAGGUAGAUAGUUAAAAUGAAUUAAAUCAAUUAGAUUAAUAAACAACAAAUGAAGCACAAUAUUCUUAGGUAACUCUUUGGCAAACUAUCGGAUGCCAUGCUACAUUUUUUGACCAUGCAUUUAUUCAAAAACAUUGGAUAGGCAUAUUAGGCAGAGAGAUAUUUCAAACCAUAGAAUGCAGUGUCCAUGAUUCAACCUUUUACAAUCUCCAUUUACACAACAGGUAGAGGUAGUUCCUGCCACCCAUAUAGAAGCAGCAGACCUUGUUAAAUUGAAAUAACUACAGUAAAUCAGGUUAAAACAGCAUUUGAUGUAUUUUUUCUUUUUCUUUCUUUUAUUUUAUUUGUCUAUGCCAAGCGUUUACUGUAGUGGCUUCUCACCUAGCCAUUUCUAUUGAAUAUAUUCAAGAAAAAAGCAAAAAAGGAUUCAUUAAUCAUGUAAUCAUGUAAUACAUUGUGUUGCAGAUUUUAUGAAAUUACAUCAUGUUGUAUGUAUGUAUCUCAUUUAAAUGAUAUUGCAGGUGUACCUGGUUGCGUUUGCUGUGCAGUGGAACAACCGCAUGGAUUCCCUCCGGGUUGCUGGUGGUCAGGGACGGAAGACGUCAUGUAUGGAUGCACGGCAGAUCCAGCGCAUGAAUCAGCAGGCUGAGGUCCUAUUCGGCAAGGAACACCUCCUUGAGACCAACUUUGCUGCCCCCAUGCCUGACUCUGCAGAUCCAGAUGAGGGGGAGCUCCUCGGUGUGGAGUAUGCCAUGUGCCAGUCCACCAACUUCAUGGCAAAGAGCUACUAUGCAAAGAUUGGUACAGUACAAAAUCUCAUACUUUGACAACUAUCCAUUAUAAUAUUAUUAUAUAACUAUUAUACAGAAACCGAGGAUAUUUUUUAGCCUUAUUCUUGCCAAUUUGGUCCACUGGGUAUUAUGAAACCGAAACUAGAGCUAUAAUUGGCAAAUAGGCCUAUGAAUAUAGUGAGUGUUUUAACAACCUUAGCACAUUGUAAUGAUGUAUUUUUAUGUGUUUGCAGCUGAGGAAGAGCAGUCUCGUGAAGAGGAAGAUGAUGAGGAGACAGCUGAACAAGGUGAAGAGGAGACGGAAGAUGAGGGUGUUGAGAUGUCUGCAGAGUCAGAGGACGACCCUAUCGACAGCGUGUCGAGGGAACACACCCUCCUUAUCCAAGGAGAACAGGUGAAGGAGGAGGACAGUCCUGCUCUGCAGGAUGUACUCAUGACCCAGCGGCAUCUGCAUCUGCCAGGGAUAGAGGAAGUGGAGAGAUUGGCGUUGCUGCUUCUGAUCCUGGCAGAUAACAGUGAUCAACACCUUGUGCCAGCCGACCUCAGACAAAAGAUUAUUGCUGCUGCCAGCUCCCUUCAUGAGCAUGACAAGACAGUCUCCAACUUUGUCAAGAAGUACGAGUCCAGGUGGGGCUACACCCUGUUCGGCCGUUGCCUUGGAGCCGACUCACCUGAGACCAGUGCGGCUCAGAAGACAAAGUUUGGGUGGAUGAGGUACCCUCAGGCAGCACAGGUGACAGAGGAUAGCCGCCUGUUGUACCUCAUCAUCAAGAUGCUGAAAAAUCGACCGCCGGCCAGUCAGCUCGCCUCUCCCAGCAAGGUGAUCACCUGCUUAAAGGGGCAGUAUAAAAGGAUUGCUGACCGAGUGAGAGACGAUCCCAUUCUUGCCAAUCUCUCUAUCCCUCUGCCCAACAUCAAUAAUAAGUCCAUCUCCAACUUCAUCUCAAGAGAGGAGAAGAAGGCCAACUACAUGGCAACUGUGUUGCCCAAAACAAAGCCCCACAAGGCAGUGCUGUCGGAUCAACCAGUACCCGAAGCUCCUGACCUACCCUCAAUCCUACCACAACCAGAUCGACCUCAAGUGCAGUAUCAGCACCCUCGUCAUGUCACUGGGAGAAGACGUGGUGAGAAGCGACGGUAAGAUGUUUACAUCUUUACAGACAUUAAAUUAUUUGAGUAAGCUGUUUUCCUGAUUAAAAAUAAAAUAUUAAGCACUGACACAGAUAACUGGACUUACGUCUGUUGAAAAGAACAUAGAUAGACUGUCCCAUUGUUAGCAGAUUUACCAUUCUGUUGAUGUUUUUGUUAUAGUUUCACUCAAACCACAACAUAUCUAGUUGGGCUUAAGUGACCUUAAAGUACAAUUAAUCACUAAUUAUAUUUUAAUGUGGCAAACAGCAAUCUAUGUGAUAAUUUAGUGUGAUGGCCAUGGCCCAUUCCCAGGCGGUCUCCCAUCCAAGUACUAACCAGGCCCGACCCUGCUUAGCUUCCGAGAUCGGACGAGAUUGGGCGUGUUCAGGGUGGUAUGGCCGUAAGCGAUGACAUAGGCUCCAAAUGAGCUAUUUGAACAUGCUCCUGUGUGGUUCUCUCAAUUAUAAACAGCAUUUCACUUUCAAUCAACAAUGCGUCGCUCAAGAAAACACCCGGAUACGCAGUCAAGCUUAGUUUUACAGCCUAUCUCUGCAGUCCAUCAUGCUCCACUCCUUUGCUCCGCUUCAUGACAAGAUCUCAGUCCUCCCGCUCUUUGUGCUUUUUUGACUUUUUCUUUCAUUUAUCUUGAAGGCUCAUCUCCAAGUGUAUUUGCAUUGGUCCAAGCUAAAGACCUGGGGCCUUAUGUAUCAAUACUUGCGUGGAACUCAUACCAGAAUCGAGCGUACGCAAGGUCCGUAACGCUGAAAAAAAUCCGUAUGUAUCAAUGUGUGCGGGCGCCGAAAUCCACGUGUGUUUCCUCUAUAAAUCCCAAUCAGCGUGGAAUUGAGCGCAGAUGUCGGAGUGACUGGGCCCGUCCCCGUUACGCCCUCCUAUAAAUAUGCAGAUUUAUUUAAAUAGGGUCUCCCUGUCCUCGCACGCAGACAAAAUGACAAGAAAAACUAAAUUUACGGCGUGCGAGGUGGAGGUUCUGGUGGCGGAGGUGGAGGAGCGACAGCGUGUUUUGUUUGGCAGCCUGUCCAGUGGCGUCAGUGCAAAACAAAAACGCACCCCCGCGGAGAUUAAAAAAAAGUGGUCGGACCUCAAGGUGGAGGUCAAGCGGCGUACAGCUGUCCUCCGGAGGAGUACUGGCCAGACAGGUGGGGUUCCGGGGGAGGAGACCCUCACGCCGUUUGAGCAGCGGGUGGUGGUGAUUAUUAUUAUAGGGUAAGUGGCGUGUCACACAAAUGUACACAUGCUUUGUCAUCCCACUGAGCAAAAGACGUAUAUUAGACGUCUAGUCUAAGUUUAUACUUCAUUUCAACGUCGGGAUUCAGUCGAUUUUUAGACAUGAUUUAUACUUCGCCCUUAACUUCAUUUUUCGAUAACUUUUUAUGCAAUAAACAACUGUUAUGUGCAUAACUGACCUCUAAAUACUGGAUUACAUUACCUAUGAUACCGUGGAGAGAGAUGUAAACGCAACAGAUACACAGAAGCAGGAAUUGAAAUGAACCAAUAUUUUUAUUGUGUCACAGAAAUCAAUAUGUCGGUCGUGUCGCCGGCUUGCGGAACCCCGGCCCACGGCAGCCCGUCCGCCGGCUCGGAGUCGUCGGCCAGGACCAGCGGCAUUCAGGCCACCCCGGCCCCCGGCCCCCGGCCCCUGCACCAGCACCAGCAUCAGCACCAGCGCGCCGACAAGCGGUGGAGCGUCCACCAGCCGCGUCGUUUCCGCUGGACCACCCGGACGCAGUGGAAGGGUCCUAG